UAUAGAAAAGUGGGAUCCGGUGGUCUGUGUUGGUGGGGUCAGCGCCGCCGAGGAACUCGGGGCUGGUACCCCUCCCUUCGGCAGUGCCCAAAGGCCAAACUCGGGGGCCAAACUUGGAAUACAAGUUUGGGGUUCCCUAGAUGCGUUUCUCCCAACUUUCCUCCCCUCAUUUUAGUUCCUUAAGGAUAAGGGUCUAAAGGGCGGCCCCGUCUGCGGCCGGAGCGGCCAAUCCUGACCGCGGGAAGUCGCCGCUCCUACCGCCUCUUCACCGACGCUCGCAGUCGGGGUUCCCCUCAGCGGUCCCAGCCCGGGGGUGUGGAGGUGCGCGCCUGCCGGUCCCCGCUGAGCCCCGGCGUCCGCGGAGGGCUCGUGCUCGCCCGGUGCAGCCGUCCCGCCCGGAGGGGGCAGCCGAGGGGCCCCCGCCAUGAUCGCCCGCGCCUUCGGGGCGCGCCUGUGGGCCCCGCUGGGCGUCCUGGCCUCCCUGGGGUACUAUCUCCAGCAGCGGAGGCUGGCCCUGGCCCACCCGCGGGCGGCGGACGGCCAGCAGCCGCCCGUCGACCGGAACCUAUUAAAACUGAAAAUGGUGCAGGUCGUGUUUCGACACGGGGCGCGGAGCCCUCUUAAGCCUCUUCCGCAGCAGGAGCAGCAGGUGGAGUGGAAUCCCCGGCUGUUGGAGGUCCCCCCGCAAACUCGCUUCGAUUACACGGUCACCAGUCUCGCUGGGGGCCCGCAACCUUAUUCUCCUUUCGACUCUGCAUACCGUGAGACCGUACUGAAGGGGGGCAUGUUUGCCGGACAGCUGACCAGUGUGGGCAUGUCGCAGAUGUUUGCCCUGGGAGAGAGGCUGAGGAAGAACUAUGUGGAGGACGUGCCCUUCCUUUCGCCCACCUUCGACCCUCAGGAGGUCUUUGUUCGUUCCACUAACAUCUAUCGGAAUCUGGAGUCUACCCGGUGUUUGCUGGCUGGGCUUUUCCGGUAUCAGAAAGAAGGACCCAUCACCAUCUACACCGACGAAGCCAGCUCUGAAGUCUUGUACCCCAACUACCAGAACUGCUGGAACCUGAGAGAAAGAACCAGAAGCCGGACCCAGACCGCCUCUCUGCAGCCAGGAAUCUCGGAGGAUUUGAAAAAGGUCAGAGAGGGGAUGGGCAUUGCCAGUGGCGAUGGAGUGGACUUCCGCCUUCUCUUUGACAACAUGGCUGCCGAACAGGUGCACGGCCUCCUGAGCUGCCCCAUGCUGGAGCACUUUGCACGGGUGAUUGAACAGCGGGCUGUGGACGUGGCCUUGUACGUGCAGAAUGGAGACAGGGAAGGCCUCCAGAUGACAGUCGGACCCUUCCUGCAUCUGCUGGAGAGCAACCUGCUGUCGGCCGUGGACCCUGCCACCCCACCCGGGGACACCAGAAAGCUGUACCUCUAUGCGGUUCACGAUAUGACCCUCAUCCCUCUCUUAACGGCCCUGGGGAUUUUCGACCACAAGUGGCCACCGUUUGCUGUUGAUGUGACCAUAGAACUCUACCAGCACCAGAAAUCUAAGGAGUGGUUCGUGCAGCUCUAUUACCACGGGGAGCAAGUGCCAAGAGGUUGUCCCGACCAGCUCUGUCCACUGGACAAGUUCUUGAACUCCAUGUCGGUUUAUAUCCUGACCCCAGAAAAAUACCACACACUCUGCUCUCAAGCACAGGUAACAGAACUCAGAAAUGGAGAGUGACUGAUUUGCACAAGGGGACGUGUUGAUUUCUGAAUAAAAUGCUUUUCUUCACUGGC